UUACACGUCAAUCUUCCAUAAAAAACGCUAAUCCUCUUACCCCUCACGGCUUUUCAAAUAAGGGUUACUAGCAACCCUUACAGUGGCUUCAGUAAAAUUAUUGGUUAAUGGUCAGGUUAGUACUUCCUGCACAACCUCUAUGAUGAGCAGUUUCACACCAUGUGCAAACAUCAUUACAGGAAGCACUAAUAAUGGUUUAGUGCCACCAAGUACUUGUUGUGAUUCAUUAAGGUCUUUGAUGAGCACUAAUAUGGAUUGUGCUUGCUUGGUUAUCUCAGCCAAUGCUCCAUUUUUCCAACAACCCAUUAGCCAAGCUCUUGCCCUCUCCCUCUCACAAGCAUGCAGCAUUAAUGGAGUUCCUUUACAGUGCAAAGCUUCUGGUUCUCCUUUACCAGUUCCAGUUCUUGGACCGGACAGCCCAACUCUCCCUUCAAUUGCUAACAUCACAAUUAAGCCCAAGAUUAACAAAUGUUGGCUAUGGGCAAAGCACAAAAAUAUGAGAAUAUGCAAUUGGCGCGGGAAUUGUCAGCAGCAUCACCUGUGGAAGCAGACACACCUACUAGAACUAGAAUUCCACAAAUCCGACCAGUGUUGACUCCACGUCCUUCUACAUCUCAUUCAUCUUUUAUUUCCCCCUCAGCUUUUCCAUUCUUCAUAAGAAUCAUGGUUUUUGGCCUCUAUUCGUAAUUGUUAAUGUUCAAUUUAUAACAACAAACCCUAAUCCAGGGAUGAAUGACAUAUGUAAGGAGGUGCGCAAGAGCUUUAGCGUCCUCCCUCAAACUUCUUUUAAGUGUAUACUAUAUUAGAUCUUAAUGCACGAGUAAUUUUUUUUUAUUAA